GAAGUAAUAAUAGAGAGAUCGACAUGGCAACAAAGCUUCGGCUAGAGCUGCUGGCUGUCUUGUCCAUGGCCGCCAUCGGAAUUGGAGUGCUAGAUUUCAUGGCCAUCAUCACGCCUCAACAUUGCUACGCUGCAGGGACGACGACAGUCGUGAGACAUAUCUACAUCAGCCAGAACAAGCCUGCUGACUUCAACUCCAUCCAGAAAGCCAUCGACUCCAUUCCUGUGGGCAACAACCAGUGGAUCCGGCUUCACAUCGCCGCCGGUGUUUACCAUGAGAAGGUGAAGGUGCCUCAGAACAAAAGCUACAUCCUGCUUGAAGGCGAGGGGAGGGAUCAGACGGUCAUCGAAUGGGGUGACCACGCCGGCAACAAUGGAGACACCGAUACCGCCAACUCGGCGACGUUCGCCUCUUACGCCGACGACUCCAUGGCUCGAUACAUCACCUUCAAGAACUCACACGAUGGAGUCAAGAACAUGGGGCCUGCGUUGGCUGCUCUGGUGUCCGGAGACCGGUCGUCCUUCCACGACUGCAGCUUCAUCAGUGUACAGGACACGCUGAGUGAUCUGGCAGGGAGGCACUACUACGAGAACUGCUACAUCGAGGGCUCCGUAGACUUCAUCUUCGGCAACGCUCAGUCCAUCUUUCAGGGGUGCGAGGUUUCGACGGGGAAGUCAUCGGUGCGACAGGGGUUCAUCACGGCGCAGGGACGCGAAAGCGAGGAAAAGGACACCGGCUUCGUGUUCAAGUCGUGCAAGGUGGGCGGCGUCACGCCGGUGUACCUAGGGCGCGCAUGGUCUGCCUACGCCAGGGUCAUCUUCUACCGAACCGACAUGUCCAACAUCAUAGUCAGCCGGGGCUGGGAUGCCUGGAACUCCGUUGGCAAUGAGAGCAAGAUGAUGAUGGUGGAGUCCGAAUGCACGGGUCCGGGGUCCAACCGGACAGGGCGGGUGCCAUGGAGCAAGGAGUUGCGCCCCGAUAAAAUCUCUAGGUUCCUCGACUUGUCCUAUAUCUCGGCAGACGGCUGGCUCGACGCACAACCACGCUAGCUAGCUAGUUACUUCAGCAGGCUAGCUAUAUAUAGGAUGUGGUAAUGAGAUUAUUACACGCAGGAUAUAUAUAUAGUUAUAUAUACAUAUAUGCACAUACCAAUGAUCAUGUGGCAGAGACUAGGAUGCAUGUAUGUAUCAAAAGUUUGCUACAUUCUUCAUGUAUGCAGCCAAAUAA